AUGUCACCGUGCAAGAGUUUCAGAUCGUUCGUGCAAUACCUGGCAGUGUUAUUGUUUAGUGUUAAUACAGUCAAUGCGUUUGCAAUUAAAAAAGUCUUUAACGCUACCCAUGACUCCCUGCAAGAUCUUUCAGUAGCGGAAAGUUUGCAAUUAGAAGUACGACAUGAUCUUAAACGGCUAAAUGGUAUUAGUGUAAAUAUUUCUAACAAAAGUAAUGAACUUUCAACUACCGCUACAAAUGAAAACAUAAAAGAUGUAGAAGUCUUGACCACAGCCAAAUUGUUUGACGUAGCGCAUCAUCCCACAGAUGAAUUAAAAGGACACGUAAUUGAUACUGUUAGUGGCGUAACAAGUAAUGAUACUUUAAAUUCUAGUGUCAACAGUUUUGUUUAUCAGGAAUUAACAGAGAAUUUAAAUAAUGAUAAAACAACAGCACACAUGUUUUUACCAUCGAAAAGCGUAUCACAACUGAAAGAGAUAGCUACUUCAAAGACAUUAUCUUUUGACGUUUCCGAUUACAAGAAAAGCAGUGUUUCAGAUGACACGAAAUUAAAAACAGAUAUAACGCAAUUGGACAACGUAGCCAUGACUACAAAUAAGUAUUUGGAAAUAUCGUCAGAAUCAGAACACGCAUCCGAACUUCCUAGGUCGAUUACCACUGAGAACCGUUACACAGAUACUGUUUUACCAUAUGGAAAUAGAUACACCGUUAUAGAAAGGAAAAAAGUGACUACAACAACUGAAUUACCUGCCACUACAAUUAAUGCGGAACGAGAAGAAACGGUCAAAGCAGAAACCCGUGUAACUUUGAAGGAUUCGAUUACCUCAGAUGCGGUAGAACAAAUAAAAAAAGAUGAACGGAUAUCGACAGAAGCUAUUUCAGCGUCUGAAUAUUUAUCUAGUACUCUUAACUAUCAAAAUAUGCCUGUAACACAAAAACUGAAUAUUUUAACAAAAUCUGAUGAAGAAUUAACGCAAAAAUUUAAAUUUGAAUCAGUAUCAUCAAAGAGAGGCGGUUUUUUAAAUUUUUCAUUAAAAUCAAAACAAUUGGAAGAAGUUACAACAAAUGUGAUAUACCCAACUGAUUCAAUAAUAAAUAGUGAUUAUUAUACGACUCCUAUAUUAGAGACGUUCCAAGGAGAGCAUGCUGGUACUAACAAUGUAGGAUUAGGAUCAGAAUCGCAAAAUUAUUUAAAGGAGGAUGCGAUUAAGGAGGAACUGCUUCAAGAGACCUCGCUUAAUAAUAACAAGGAAAUUACUGAACAACAUCGUGAAGAACGUUUCAAUAGUACUAACACUACAUUCUCAACUUUAGAACCAUAUAGUAGUGACACAACACAGCCAACCCGCAACUUCGAAUUGACAACACAGGUUGAUAUCACUAGCACUGAAAACAAAUUAAAUGUUAAACCAAUUCAGGAUAAGAUAAAAAGCACUAUUCUAUAUACAGUUAAUCCAAAUUACAAACCGAUGAAGAAAAUUGAAGUUCAACCCCCUAAGCCAUUUGUAAGAGAUCCGGAUGAUAACAGUUGGAGAAACGUAAGUAUUAGUUCAAUGGGGAUUGUUUUCAAACCGAAGAAUUCUUCAAAACCUUUCACUCAAGUCUUAAAAAAUAAGACAGAGACCGAAUGGAGUAAUAUAUUGAGCAGAGAUAGUAACAUUUAUGUACCUGAUCUAAGAGAAAGAUUAGAGAAAAUGGCUCAGAAAAGAAAAUCGAAGAAUAAGAAGGCAAAUCUAUUUGGUAAUAUUAUUUAUACGGACUAUGAGGAAAGUAACAGUUCAGAAGAAAUAAUUAGUACUCCAAAAGCUCACUUUACCACGACAGAAAACAUGUCAGAAACCACAACCAUCACACAACUACCAGAAGCAGUAUCAGACGCGUUGUUUACUCCUAGUAAAUCAACUUUACCUGUUGUAUCUACAACUAUAACAAGUACAAUAACAACAGAUACAACUAUUCAAUCAGAUGCAGUCACCACCGUUACAACGCCUACAAUUCCAUCUGAAGAUUCUACUAAAAAAUAUAGUACAACAAAAGAAACUGACACCAAUAAAAAAGUGAAAUAUGAACCAGUAACGACGGGAAAAGGAAAAAAAUAUUUCAAUGUCAUCGAUUACUAUGAUAUUUCCGAUAAUGAUGAUGAUGAGCCAGAAUAUUUAGAAUUAGCAAAGUUAGAAUUGAAAAAAUUUACAGUUCCUCUUCAUAUGACAGACAAACCCUUCGCUACAUCUCCUUUAACAUAUCAAUUCACGAAGUCCUUAAAUCAAUAUAUGUCAGAAAGAAAGCCUACACUACAAUAUUUUCCACCUCUUGAUGUUCAUAAAACCAAAUCUGAUAGAUUUGUUAACGAAUUUGAAAGAAAAUACAAGUCUAAUAUGGAAAAUACUCCUUCCCCACAGGACACAUUAUAUGUAACUAGCACGAAAGAAACAAAUGCCCUACAAGACAAAUAUCAUUCGAGAUACAAUGAGGAACGAAAUAUUUUAAAGUCCAGUCAUAAUUUACUGCCGUUUGGAUUACCAAGUAUAUAUAAAUCAAAUGCAUUUAACAAAAACCUUUAUCUCACUGAACUCCCGCGGAUAACUACUGAUCGAAACAGUGCGUAUGGAGUUAGUUAUAACAAUCAAGGUUUUAAUAGAGCUUCAUAUGUAAUUAGGAAUUAUAAGGAUGUUCUUGAACAAGCUGCUAAAGAUUACGACUAUGAUAGAGAUGUAGAUUACAUACCCUACACUGAAACACCUUUGAGAGGUAUAACAAUAAGCGAUCUAAUUGCACAAACAAAACCCAAAGUUAAAAUGAAUGUAAACGAAAAUUACGACUAUGACGCAAAGUUCCAGAAGGAUGUCCUAGACAGAUUUGUAGAUAAUUUUAAUCACAACGAAGCGCGUUACAACGCCAAUAUUCCGGUUCGAUACAAUAAUAGUGUUGUGCACGUAAACACGGCGGAACACGGCGAGGCCAUUGCUACUUCUAGAUCGUUUCUAAAAGGUCUUUACAAUCCAACGGAUACUGAAUCUGGUUACGCUUACCGGCAGCCGUAUGACCCCAACUGCGAUAACAUUACCGUAGAACUUUCCCCCGCCUAUGAACUGCAUUAUUACAUACCGGAUCAAGAGGAAAAAGAAGAGAUGGUGCCAAAGCCGGUCAAGUAA